UAUCAGUGUAACACACAACAUUGGCAGGCAGCUCUGAGCUGGAGUAGAGAAACAACACAUCUAGCAGAUAACGGAAUUAUAUAAGUAUUAAAAUAUAUUGUCACCAGUAUAUUACCGAAUGUUGUUAAGUAGUUAAUCAAUGUAGCUAAUGGUGCUGCGAUAGGUAACAUUAACCCUCAACAUUUCUUAGCUGGCACAAGCUAGUUAGCUCGGAGCUAGCUAUAUUUGAUAAUUAUUGGAAAGUCUGGCAAGUGGUAGCUAGGUUUCUUAUAACCAUGUAGCUAGCAAACUGUUUGUCAAUUGAUAUUUAACAUUACAGUAGCUAACUCGACGUUAAAAUAUGUACAUUCAUUCAUCAUCAUUUGAUUUACAAGGCGAGCGAAAAUCUAUGUAUAAACAGUCUGAAAAUAGCUUCUUCAAAUGUGGUGAAAAGACAAGCCCUAUCAGUGUAAUUUUGGUUACUUCGGGUAGCCGAGGGAAUAAAUUGCUCUUUAGGUACCCAUUUCAACGGGUUGCAGAUUGCACUUCAUCACUCACGACAAAACAGCGAAGUCCAUAUGCAUUGAACACUACAGGAGAUGUUCUUGAAGACCCAGAUGGAGAUUCAAGAGAACAAACUCCAUUAACUGAUCAACAGUUGGUAGCAGGGUUCUCUGACAUCAUCCUCGCCACUAUCUUGGCCACCAAGUCUGAUAUGUGUGGGAAGAAGUUUGAGCUGAAGAUAGACAAUGUGCGUUUCGUUGGGCACCCCACCCUCCUCCAGCAUCCUCACACCAUUCAGGUGUCCAAGACAGACCCCUCACCUAAGAGGGAGAUGCCCACCAUGAUCCUGUUCAGUGUUGUGUUUGCUCUGAGGGCCAACGCCGACCCGUCCGUCAUCAGCUGCAUGCACAACCUGUCCCGGCGUAUCGCCAUCGCCCUGCAGCACGAGGAGCGCCGCUGCCAGUACCUCACCAGAGAGGCCAAGCUGAUGCUGGCCGUGCAGGACGAGGUGACCAACAUGACCGAGACUGAUGGCAGCCCUCAGUCACCGUUCAGACAAAUCCUUCCUAAAUGCAAGCUUGCCAGGGACUUGAAGGAGGCAUAUGACAGCCUGUGUACAACAGGGGUGGUGAGGCUCCAUAUCAACAACUGGCUGGAGGUGAGCUUCUGUUUACCUCACAAGAUCCACCGGGUAGGGGGCAACCACGUACCCCCAGAGGCUCUGGAGCGUAGCCUCAAGGCCAUAAGGCCGUAUCAUGCUCUGCUGUUGCUGGACAGUGAGAAGGCUCUGCUGGCCCAGCUGCCUUUGGACUGCUCUCCUGCUCUGGUGCGCCUCAUUAAGACCUGCUCUGCAGUCAAGAACCUGCAGCAGCUGGCACAGGAUGCAGACCUGAACCUGCUACAGAUCUUCCAGAUUGCUGCUCACCUGGUGUACUGGGGAAAAGCCAUCAUAGUGUACCCUCUGUGUGAGAACAAUGUCUACAUGCUGUCCCCACACGCCAACAUCAGCCUGUACUCUCCAUUGGCUGAGGCGUUUGGCCAGCAGUUCCCAGGUCAUGACCUGCCUUCCAUGCUGGCCAAGUUCUCCCUGCCGCUCUCACUGUCUGAGUUUAGGAACCCACUGGAUGCGUCUGUGCAGGAGGCCCAGCUGAUCCAGAUGGUGGUGUGGAUGCUCCAGCGGCGCCUGCUGAUCCAGCUCCAUACCUAUGUGUGUCUGCUGGUCCCCCCCAGUGAGGAGGAGCCAGGUCUGCUGCGGGACGAGGAGCUCCCCCUGGUGGCCCGGGUGGGGGGACGCAGCCUCAGCACGCCCAGCGCACUCAGCUUUGGAUCUCCAACCAGCAGUGAUGACAUGACCCUGACCAGUCCCAGUAUGGAUAACUCCAGUGCAGAACUGCUUCCUGGUGGAGACUCUCCACUAAACAGGAGGAUGACCGAGACGUUACUGGCCAGCCUGACAGAGCACGAGCGCCAGGUCAUCCUCAAUAUCCCAGCUGCACAAAGUCCUGAAGACCUGCGCAUGUUUGCCAGGCUGCUGCACUACUUCCGAGGGCACCAUCACCUGGAGGAGAUCAUGUAUAAUGAAAACAUGAGGCGAUCUCAGCUGAAGACCCUAUUUGACAAAUUCAGAAGUGUUCUGGUGGUCACCAACCAUGAGGACCCUGUCAUCUCCCUCUUCCAGUCUCCUCUGGAGUAGAGGUCUGUCAUCUCCCUCUUCCAAUCUCCUCUGGAGUAGAGGUCUGUCAUCUCCCUCUUCCACUCUCCUCUGGAGUAGAGGUCUGUCAUCUCCCUCUUCCACUCUCCUCUGGAGUAGAGAGGUCUGUCAUCUCCCUCUUCCAGUCUCCUCUGGAGUAGAGGUCUGUCAUCUCCCUCUUCCACUCUCCUCUGGAGUAGAGAGGUCUGUCAUCUCCCUCUUCCAGUCUCCUCUGGAGUAGAGGUCUGUCAUCUCCCUCUUCCACUCUCCUCUGGAGUAGAGGUCUGUCAUCUCCCUCUUCCAGUCUCCUCUGGAGUAGAGGUCUGUCAUCUCCCUCUUCCACUCUCCUCUGGAGUAGAGAGGUCUGUCAUCUCCCUCUUCCACUCUCCUCUGGAGUAGAGGUCUGUCAUCUCCCUCUUCCACUCUCCUCUGGAGUAGAGGUCUGUCAUCUCCCUCUUCCACUCUCCUCUGGAGUAGAGGUCUG